AUGUUCGGAAGUGUUCAUCGAAACAGUGACCCGGACAACCCGAAUACACUCAAUGGGCCCCGAAUCUCUCAGGAAAAUGAAGCGCAACCGACAGUAACGACUGGAAUGUCAUGGGAACUCCGGGUGCAAUCGUUCGUCGGUCUGUUCAUCCUGUCGAUUAUCGCCAGUUUUUGUGGUUCGUACCUCCUGCUGCUCACAAAAAUCACUGGUUUCUGUAUAAUGACAUCAAUCAGUGCAAUUCUCUCUCUCUCCUCAACUUGUUGCUUAAUGGGUCCAUGCGGUCAACUCAAGAAAAUGUUUGAUCGAUCACGAUGGAUCGCCUCCUCUCUUUACAUUCUCUUCAUUUUUCUCACUCUUAUUUCUGGUUUAUGGCUUAAAAAUGCGCCGUUGGCUAUUAUUUGUACUGUUGGACAGUAUAUCGCUAUGGCUUGGUACUCACUUUCAUAUAUUCCUUAUGCUCGGGAGGCUGUCGCCAAGAUUUUCUUCUAA